AUGUACGAGGAAGUUGAAAUGGCGCCGGUGUACCUGUCUGUAAAUAGUAGCAGCAGUGAAGCUGAUGUAGCGUUGCGACUGCCGAUUCCUCCAACAAAGCGCCAUGGUUUGACACGUGUUGUGAGGGGGUGGUUUAAUAUGGAGGUGGCGAGUGUAGACGAACCGCGGACUAUCGCGCUGGGCUGUGACACAACAGCGUGGUCAGGACAGGGCUUUCCUGACAAUGCCGUCAACAACCGGCGGUACUCUGUUGUGUCGUUUCUUCCCCUCGCGCUUUUCCACCAGUUUAGGGCGUUCUUUAACAUUUUUUAUCUCUUUCUCGCCAUGUCUCAGCUAAUCCCUGAUCUUAAGGUGGGGUUUCUUUUUACGUACUUUUCGCCGUUAGCGCUCGUAGUUUCUCUCUCGCUCAUUAAGGACGCUGUGGACGAUAUUCAACGCUACAGACGCGACAGAAUAGCGAACGAAACAAAAGUUGAGAGGCUGCUUUCAAGUGGUGAAACAGGUGUUGUGCGCGCGUCAUCUAUUCAGGUUGGUGAUUUGUUGUUGCUGCACCACGGUCAGCGCAUUCCGGCGGACUGUGUAUUGCUGCGUACGUCAGAGAAGAGUGGGACAUGUUUUGUAAGGACAGAUCAACUAGAUGGUGAGACUGACUGGAAACUGCGGUAUGCAUUAAAGGCCACACAGACGCUUAGUGAUGAAGCCAUUGCUCAGUUUCGAGCGAAUAUCCGUUGUGAACCUCUUCACAAAGACAUAUACAAGUUUGUAGGAGCGAUGGAUGUCUCCGGUGGGGAGCCCGAGGCAAUUUCUCUUGAGAACACACUAUGGGCAGGCUGUGUUGUGGCAUCUGGCUCACUUGUAGCCGCGGUGCUGCAUACAGGCGUUGACACUCGUAGCGCUAUGAACUCUAGCAAGCCUUCCACCAAGAUGGGCUUCAUCGAACGUGAACUGAACUUCAUUGGGGUGCUAUGUUUUUUAUUUCUCGUGGUUAUCUCAUUUCUACUUGUUGUUUUGCAGCAGUUUGAGGGAGAGUGGUUUGUGAUGUUUCUCCGCUUCCUCAUUCUCAUGUCUGCCAUUAUUCCUAUUUCUAUGCGUGUGAAUGUGGAUGUGGGUCGCAUGUGGUACUCGUAUGAAAUCUACCGUGAUGGUAAAAUGCCUGGGACGGUGGCACGAAACACAAAUAUCCCGGAGGAACUGGGUCGGCUGGAGUACUUUUUCACUGACAAAACUGGGACACUGACGAAGAAUAAGAUGGAGUUUCGCGUACUUCAAGUUGGCGCCGAUACUGUGUUGAACUAUCAUGAAGUUGAUCGAUUCCGAAGGAUUAUAGCCGCAUUUUUUAACGAGACGUAUAAUAUGGGUAGUGGCAGCGCAGUGGAGAGCGGCAAACAAUCUACUGUUGUGUCUCAAAGGAACUUGGUACGUGAUAUUGCAUCUGUUGGUGAAGCCUUGCUUGCUCUUGUGUUGUGUCACAAUGUGAGUCCGGUAAUGGAGGAUGGUCAUUUGGAGUAUCAAGCCUCUUCACCAGAUGAAGUAGCCUUUGUGAAGUUUUGUAGUUCCCUUGGCAUUUCUCUCGUUCACCGAGACGUGAAUUGCAUGCAGAUCACCACCCCGGGCGGCAGAAGAGUGCAUUACGACAUUGUAAAGUCAUUUCCCUUCACCUCGGAACGGAAGUGUAUGGGAAUCAUUCUCCGUGAGAAGACAGAGACAGGAGAGGGUGGCUACAAGUAUCUCAUGAAGGGGGCCGACUUUAAAAUCGCCACCGUUGUUCGCCCCUCUGAUUGGCUGCAGGAGAGCUGCCAAGAGUUCGCGCAGGUGGGACUUCGAACAUUGGUGCUCGCACAGCGAUUACUCACUGAGGAACAGUUAAGUGCGUUUUUGGCACGAUACGAUGAGGCGAAUGCGGACCUCAGCGAUACGCGCGGCGAGUCGCUGGACUCGGCGAUGCGCCUUAUCGAGCGGGAUAUGAGACUAAUCGGUGUCACUGGCGUAGAGGACGAACUCCAGGACGACGUCACGACGUCGCUCGAGACAUUGGGAAUGGGUGGCAUAAAGGUGUGGAUAUUGACCGGGGACAAGGUGGAAACGGCCACAACGAUUGGCCGCUCAACACGCCUCAUUCCACGGCAUGCCGCGGUGGAAGUGAUGACAUGCCGUACGAUGGAGGAGGCACAGCAGCAACUAGACAAACUGAAUGGACGCUACGCCACGCAACCAAACGGCACGUUCCUCAGCACGCCAUGGACACUUAUUUUAGAUGGUGGGGCACUUUCCUUGUGUCUAAUGGAACCCGUGUCCAAGAGCUUCGUGGAGGUGUCGCGGUUGGCGUAUUCCGUAAUCGUGGCACGCUGCUCGCCCACGCAAAAGGCAGCCGUUAUCCGCACCAUGCGCAAGUACUCCGCGAAGAAGGUGCGAAUGGCUGCGAUAGGGGACGGCGGAAAUGACGUUUCGAUGAUACUUGCCGCAGAUGUCGGGAUCGGCGUUGAGGGGGUCGAGGGGAAGCAGGCCAGCAUGGCCGCGGACUUCUCCAUCACGAAGUUCUCUCACAGUGUGCGACUAAUUAUGUGGCACGGACGCAACUCGUACCGCCGCACCUGUCGCAUGAGCCAAUUCAUUAUGCACCGCGGUAUGGUGUAUUCCGUGGUGCAGGCGUUUUUCUCGCUCCUCUUCGCAGGCACCACCAUGUCUGUCUUCAACGGCUAUCUUCUUAUGGGGUACACAACUGUUUUCACUAUGGCCCCAGUUUUUGCAUUGGUGCUCGAUGAAGACAUCAAAGAGGAAGACAUCAGUGAGUUUCCACAGCUGUACAAGGAGCUACUUAAGUCGCGUUCGAUGAAUACGCGCUCAUUCCUGCAGUGGGCAUGGAUUUCUGUCUUCCAGGGAGGAAUCAUGAUGUACCUAUCACUCCAUCUGUUUAAUGAGGAGAUGUUCCAGAUCAUGGCAAUCGCGUACACGUCCUUGAUACUGACAGAACUUGUCAUCGUCGCCUGUACGGCGCACCUUCGAAUUCUCUGGAGCCAGCGCCGUCUGCAUCUGUUUCUUUUCAUCGCCGCCGAGUGUUUCUCCAUUGCCGCAUACUUCUUGGCUGUUGUGGUCCUCCCAGAGACCAUUGAUCAGGGCUUCUUUUUUUCGUGGGGUUGUUGGUGGCGAGUUACAGUUAUCUCGCUAGCAAGUAUCGUUCCUAUCUUUGUCAUGUGGCUUCUAAGCACCUACAUUGUGUUUAACAAGAAACUUGCAUACAUAUCGCUCUGA